UCCCCGCAUACUUCGCAGCGUUGGUCGCCCAUGACGGUAAAGAAAGUCGAGCUGGCAGCUUUAGAGUUUUUAUGUGACUAGAUACUAAUUUUCGAGUGUGUAUUGAUGCCCCACGCGUCUGUGUUCGUUUGUGUGCACCCGUACCGGUGAAUGGAACAGCGGGAGCGUCUGCUACCUGGAGGUUCGUUGCUCUGUUAUUGUGUCGAUUGUGACCGAGAAGGCUCGUCGUGAGAGACACGAUGGCGACGACGCCGAUCUGUCGUUGCCGUGUGCUGUACCUCGGUUCUGCCGUGCCUCAUAUCACGAAGGAUGGAUUGCAAGGGAUUCAAGAGCCCCUUCGGGAGCUCUAUCCCGAACAGGGCCCCGUAGCUGCCCGCGGUAUCGACUCGUGGCUUAGCGUCUGGAGCAAUGGAAUACUCCUGGAAAAUGUGGACGAGUCACGUCGACAACACACCAGGUUCUUUCCCAUAGAGACCCUCCAUUACUGCGCUGCUGUGCGACAUGUUAUCGUGCCCGGAUCAUCUGGAACGGAACACGUAGAAAAGUUCCUGCCACUGGAUAGUCCUUUUGCCAGGCACGCGGGACCUCUACAGCCUCCGUUGUUCGCCUGUAUCCUACGCCGGACCAUUGGAAUAAAAGUUCUGGAGUGUCAUGUCUUCAUAUGCAAGAGGGAAGCUGCGGCGAAUGCCCUGGUGCGCUGUUGCUUCCACGCGUACGCGGACUGCACCUACGCCAAGCAAUUAGAUGAGAACCCAUAUUGUCUCGAGGGACCACCAAGGAGAGCGCAAUCUGUAAUGGGCUUGGAUACGGUGCAGAAGGUGGAAGCUUGGAGGCACAACCACACGGAGCACCAGAACGGAAAUUCAGCGACACAGGGAGGCUCAAUUAUGCUGGAUGAGGAGACUGAGGACGACGAUGGAAACUACAAAGUAUGGACUGGCCCAGCUCCACGUGAGGUCGUCUACAUGGAUAACACAGGAACGCUGCGUAGUGUUCACUCAUCUGGAGGCAUGUCUCGCUCUUCGCGGCCUCGACAGCUAACUACUCCGCCAAGAGCUCCUCCACCACCCCUGCCCCCGCUACCUCCCCCGACAUCUAGUAAAUCUAAUGACAAGGGUACUGCGAAGUCAAAGAAGAAGUCAAAGAAAUCGGGCACUGCUUCAAAAAACGGACUUGGCGUCAUAUCUGGAUAUGGCAACGGCUACCCGCCCCCUCCCAUGAUGGUCCACCAUUCAGAGCGCAUGAGGAGACCACCGGAGAGACCAAUGCUGUACAGCGCAGAAGAACCAACUUAUAUACCUGCAGUGCGAGCCAUGAGUCCAACUUCGUCCUAUCAACCCGGGAUGUACCCUCAUGAGCAGUACUUUAUGCAAAAUUACGGAACAGCUCCGCGUCCUCAAAAGAUCAAACCGGACCAGUCUUCCAAGAAGGAGCACAGGAAGGACUCUUCAGAUCCAGAAUCCGGGUCGCCCUUCAACACUGGAAUUUACAGGAAGAAAGGACAUCUGAAUGAACGGGCUUUUUCAUAUUCCAUAAGGCAAGAGCACCGUUCGCGGUCGAACAGUUUAGCUAACCUUCAUUUCCUGAACGGUGGUGAUGCUUCACCCAUGACUAAUGGUGAGGCCGGACCCAGUGCCUUGAACAAGAAGGACCGCGAGCUUGCUCAAAUGGUCAGUGACCUUGACCUCAGAGACACUAACGGAUAUAACGGCCACCACAGGUCCAUGACACCGGACUCGAAUUUUAUAAGAAAAAAGCCGUCAGCGAAGGGGCACGCUAGAUGAGAGCCAAUCUUGUCAUUGUGCGGUGCGACGACACAGACCUGCCAAGUUCUUCGAUUAUGGGAAGCAUUCCAGAGGCCAAGGCACACACAGGCCAAGGCAUCGUGCUUGAAGUUUAUCCCAUCACAACAUGCAUCGAACCGUGCCCUGUUCGAGAGCACUUGUACUACCACAAUGUGGAUUAAUGGUCCUUUGAUCGUUAUUCCUUCAGGAACCGCUCCUCAGGAUUCCCGCGCACAGAGAUCUUUAAUGGAGCUUGAAGUCCCGAAGCGUGUGCAGCGUCGCACGGCUCGAUGAUUUCUUUGAACUUCACUGAGAAUCCGAGGAAUGCUCAAGUUACGGUGGAUUUGAUUAUUAUUACCGUGGUUCGUGAGGAUAACGUUAUUCUGUGCACGCAUGGAUGCGUGAGUGUGUGUGUUGUGUGUGCUGGCGUGCAAGAGAAGCAGGAAGACGGGCAGCGUGAUGACGUAUGGACUACACGAAGGACGGUAAUGAAAAAAAGAAAGCGUUUGUGCCAUUCUUGUGCUGAAACAUUUUCAUUCCCCAGAAGCCAUUGUUAGAAGUACUCGUAUAGAUGACUCUGUAUUAGUUCGGUGUUACGUCUAACCACAGUAACGGGAACGAACCUGCUCUACAGGUAAAAUAUAUUUGUUGAUUAUGCGCGUGUUUCUCCUUAACGUCUCUAUCGAAUAGAGCACCUGUAGCAUGCAUGAAUAAAUUUUUACGUUUAUUAUGAC